GGAGAAGUGUGCUUCUCGCUUCCCAUUCCUUCUUGUCCGUCACCGAUGGUGGCGACAACAAGCAAGACGACGUUGCAUGUUUACGAGCGAGGGCGGCGAUUGGAAAAACACAGCCAAGCACGUGCGAAAUCACUUCCUUCAUUCCGACCGCCACGAAAACAUUAUAUGCUCUCCACUUCGUCUCCUUUGGCCUUUGAAGAUGACGACUGGACUGCUCCGAAAUCUCGAAUCUACCGUCCCUCUUCCGUAGGGCACUACAGCUAUGGCGUCACAACCAUUGGUCGCGGGUAUGGAGAUGAAGACCAAGACGAGAUCGAGGAUUCAGAAUUGCCACAACGGUCAACAGCAUGGUUGCCACUCUCUAAAUCUCCCGGUUUAUUCUUCAGUGGACGCGACUACGAAUGGGAAGAACCACCGAAAGCAUCUCAUCUCAACACUAGCAUUCCGUCGAUAAUCGGCGAACCAUUCACUCACUCCCCAGCUCACACUCGACCUUCUUCACCAUUAACUACCCCUACAGUCCCUAGUAAAACACCGUUGUCCCGUUCUCCCACACUUCCUCCACGCCCUAGACGGCGCUCCUCACAACAACGCGUCUCGCUUAUUGCUGGACGCGUAUCCAUUGCUACCAUAGAGCCCCCCGAACCUCCUGCUUUACCGCCAAGCUUACUGCGUGCAACCAGUACAAGCAGCUUACUCAGCCAAGCCACCAGCACAAGAGCACCCUCUCCUGCCCCCUCAGAUAAGCAAUCGUUUCUAGGCGGACGCGAUAUAUCUGAGUUUGCCAUUGAAGGUGAGAUUGGCAGGGGCGCAUACGGACUCGUUAAGCGCGCCAGAGAAAUUCUUCCAGAUAGCUCAUUGGGGCCUCCAGUCAUUAUCAAGCAAAUCAUCAAGUCCCGCAUUCUGGCAGACUGCUGGAAAAAACAUCCGAAAUAUGGGACAAUCCCAAUAGAGAUCUACGUCAUGUCUUCAAUCUCCCAGACCUCAUACGUCUUACCCCCACGACGACCAUGGGACCCAACACGCGACCUCCCGGCGGAGGCCAUAGAAUGCUCAGAGUGGAUAGAAGGCAAAGUUGUCAAUGGCCACCCUAAUAUAUGCCCUCUCCUCGACUUCUUUGAGGACAAUCACUACUACUACCUCGUUCUGCCCUCGUCACUACCAGAUCAAAUACCAAACCAGCCCGUCCACGCUUCCGACCUUUUUGAUCUCGUCGAAAGCUUUCCGCAGGGUCUCCCUCCUAGCUCUAUACGAAGUUACCUUGGCCAAAUGGCUGACGCGUUGUCUUUUUUACAUUCGCGGGGCAUCGUUCAUCGCGAUAUCAAGGACGAAAAUGUCGUUCUUGGACCGCAGGGAAAAUGCAUCCUGAUCGACUUUGGGAGCUCUGGACUGACGAAAAAAGGCGGUUGGGACACUUUUAGUGGAACCUUGGACUACGCUGGGCCAGAGAUUCUCCGUGGAGAGCGGUACGAGGGGAAAGAACAAGACGUUUGGGCAUUUGGAGUUGUGGCCUAUGUCUUGCUUGUCGGUGAAUGCCCUUUCAUGACCCCAGCGGAAGCGCAGGAAGGUCUUGAUUCGCCAUUUGCCAACGCCUCAAUAAGUCUCGAUGAACGAUGUGGGGAGGGCAAAGAACGAGACGGGAAGGAAGCAGAUGGUGGAGGAGCUCUUGAAGAUGCCGCUGCUUUGCGUUCUCUCUCUCUUCUUCCAUCCACCUUCAUCCUCUUCGCCGCUAAAAACUACUCGCCAUGGGAAAGGAAAAGACCCACGUUAACGUCGUCGUCAUCGGACACUGCGGUGGUAUCGACAAGCGGCUCGUUCAAGUACGCCUGGGUGCUCGACAAGCUUAAGGCUGAGCGUGAGCGUGGUAUCACGAUCGAUAUUGCCCUUUGGAAGUUCGAGACCCCCAAAUUCGUCGUCACUGUCAUCGAUGCUCCUGGACACCGUGACUUCAUCAAGAACAUGAUUACUGGUACCUCCCAGGCUGACUGUGCUAUCCUCAUCAUCGCCGGUGGUACUGGUGAGUUCGAAGCCGGUAUCUCCAAGGACGGUCAAACUCGCGAGCACGCUCUUCUGGCCUUCACUCUCGGUGUCCGUCAACUCAUCGUCGCUGUCAACAAGAUGGACACGACCAAGUGGAGCGAGGACCGUUUCAACGAAAUCAUCAAGGAGACGUCCACCUUCAUUAAGAAGGUCGGUUACAACCCCAAAACUAUUGCCUUUGUCCCCAUCUCUGGUUGGCACGGUGACAACAUGUUGGAAGAGUCGACCAACAUGCCGUGGUUCAAAGGUUGGACCAAGGAAACCAAGGGUGGUAUUGUCAAGGGCAAGACUCUGCUCGAGGCCAUUGAUGCCAUUGAGCCCCCUGUCCGACCUGUCGACAAGCCUCUCCGUCUCCCCCUCCAGGACGUCUACAAGAUCGGUGGUAUUGGCACGGUCCCCGUCGGUCGUGUUGAAACUGGCUUUGUCAAGGCUGGCAUGGUUGUCACCUUCGCCCCCACCAACGUUACCACUGAAGUCAAGUCGGUCGAAAUGCACCACGAAGUCCUCGAGCAGGGCAACCCUGGUGACAACGUCGGAUUCAACGUCAAGAACGUCUCGGUCAAGGAUAUUCGUCGCGGAAAUGUUGCUUCGGACUCGAAGAACGACCCUGCAAAGGAGGCUGCCUCUUUCAAUGCCCAGGUCAUCGUUCUCAACCACCCCGGUCAAAUUGGCGCUGGCUAUGCACCCGUGCUCGACUGCCACACUGCCCACAUUGCCUGCAAGUUCGCUGAGCUCCUCGAGAAGAUCGACCGCCGAACAAACAAGUCGAUUGAAGCCAACCCGAAGAGCAUCAAGUCGGGUGACUCUUGCAUCGUCAAGCUCGUCCCGAGUAAGCCGAUGUGUGUCGAAUCUUACAACGAAUACCCUCCUCUCGGACGUUUCGCCGUCCGUGACAUGCGACAGACCGUCGCUGUCGGUAUCAUCAAGUCCGUUGAAAAGACCGACAAGUCAUCUGGCAAAGUCACGAAGUCGGCGGAGAAGGCUGCCAAGAAGAAGUAA